AUGCUCCAAACCAUAUUAAUUGGCAAUAGUGUUACGUCAAUUGGAAAUGAGGCAUUUUCUGGAUGUCAUAGUCUUAUAUCAAUUAUAAUUCCUAAUUGUGUCACAUCACUUGGAGACUCAGUAUUCGCAGGAUGUUCUCGCCUUAAAUCUGUAGUAAUUUCAAAUAGUAUAAAAUCAUUUGGAAUUAAAGCCUUUGCUGAUUGUUUGGAACUUACUAAUAUAACAAUUCCUGAUAGUGUUACAUCAAUUGGAGAAAAGGCAUUUGCUCAAUGUUUCAGCCUCAAAACAUUAGAAAUCCCUAAUGGUGUUACAUCAAUUGAAAACAGUUCCUUUACAGGAUGUUCUCAGCUCUUAAGUGUAAUAAUUGGUAAUAGUGUUACAUCAAUUAAAUCUUACGCAUUUUCAUAA